AUGACAGUCGAAAAAACUAGCAAACUCUUUACUCCAGUCAAAGUCGGCAGUGUUGAGCUCAAGCACCGAGUGGUGCUUGCUCCCCUGACACGGCUUCGGGCAGACAAGACAACCGCGGUCCCGGUGGAUUAUGCUGCGGAAUACUAUGCCCAACGCUCCUCGGAAGGCGGCUUGCUCGUUUCUGAGGGCACUUUCAUCGCCGAGGAAGCUGGAGGUAUGUCUGGGGUACCAGGAGUCUAUUCGCGGGAACAGAUCGCGGCAUGGAAGGCUAUCACGGAUGCUGUUCACGCCAAAGGAGGUUACAUAUUCUGUCAACUCUGGGCCCUAGGUCGAGUUGCCAAGCCCAGUAUUGUUCCCAAUGUCUGGAGUGCUGGCUCAAAGCCCUUCGUCAAAAGCACUGGGUCUACAGAGCUUCCUCCCAAGUUUACGACCAUGGCCAAAGUUGAUAUUGACCGAUUCGUGGGACAUUACCGACAGGCUGCACUGAAUGCCGUCGAAGCCAGCUUCGACGGCGUUGAACUUCACGGAGCCAAUGGAUACCUUAUCGAUCAAUUCCUCCAAAUCAACAGUAAUGAUCGAACAGACUCCUAUGGCGGCAGUCUUGAAAACCGUUUCCGCUUCCCAUUAAGAGUCCUCAACGCUGUCUGCGAUGCCAUCGGCCCUGAGCGUGUCGGUAUUCGCAUGUCGCCUUUCUCCCGCUUCCAGGGCAUGCGGGAGGCUGAUCCUCUAUCCGUAUUCGUACCUUGGGCCAAGGCCAUCGUCAAGGCACAGCCGUCUCUUGCGUUUAUUCACGCCGUUGAGCCACGAAUCGAAGGAGGCAGUGACUCGCCUGACAGCAUCCCCAAGACAGACGACACUCUUGCCCCCAUUCGAGGAGUUGUUAGCAACUCGGAUGUUAAGUUCAUUGUUGCAGGAGGCUUCACCCCAGAGACUGCUGUAAAGCAUGCAAGUGAGACAAAUGACCUUGUGGGAUUCGGCCGUUACUUUAUUCCAAACCCUGAUUUACCAGCGCGAAUCCAGAAUGGCUGGCCGUUGACCAAAUAUGACCGCUCGUUGUUCUACACACCUGAUAGAAAGGGAUACACUGAUUACCCAGCAUACAACCUUGGGGCACCUAGACUUUGA